UCUAUCCUGGAGAGGAGAACAUUCACCUAAAUGACAUGCCCAUGACCAAAUGCAUCUUUUUUCUAGCAAAAGACAUGUUUUCAGUUCCAAACCGAUUCCGUGGAUAAGAGGGUGGAAUUGGUUAGGGCCGGGGAGGGAAUUUUGAAGCCCAAAUUUAGAACCCAGAGACACAGAGUACCCGCUUCCAGAAAUUGCCAUCAUAAAAAGCCCAACCGCUAAGUACAUGGCAGCCUGCGGCACAGAGGAAAAUGGAAAUUUCCUUGCCUGGCAUUUCAGCUUGCCUAAGGGGCUGUGCUUUGCUCAGAGGGGAGGUGACUGUGCUGACCUUAAAAUCCAGACCUCGAAAAGCAGGAGAUGGAGGUAUUUAUUUUCCCCUUAACGGUUUGAUUUUUUUUUUUCAAAUAAAAACUUAAAAGAUCCAGUACUUUCCCCUGAAGCUUUCUCACAAAGUAGUGGAUUUUUAGAAAAGACAAAAGGCCUUGGGGGUGGGGAUGGGUGGUCCCUAAAGAGUAGUGCCCUGAGGCCUCUUACCCUUUACAGAGCUCUAGGAUUUUCUUAAACGUCCCUCCCUACUUCCCGAGUUUUUAAGUUUUUAUUUUGCCACCGACUGCUUCUUCCGUUCUACACACAGACAGUUACCCCUCGGGCCCUCUACCUAUCUUCCUUGAAACCCAAUCCGUCUAAACGCCAAGCAUCUCUCAUUUCGGUCGGCAGCUGUUGCCCUUGCCUGGUCGAUAGCCUGGCUUGCAGGGGGCGACGGAGGGGAGCUUCAUUCUCCACAUGGUGGCGCGCGCGAGCCUCCCAGAGCCCCGGCGGCCACGGCUCCUCACACUUCUCCCCCUCUGGCCCCACCCGCGCCCGUGCGCUGGAGGAGCCGCGCCCGCGGCCUUUCCUGGCGGGAUAGCAGGGAGCGCGUCCCCGGAGCCCGGGAAGCAGUCGAGCGGCAUCUAGGUGCGGCCGGCUGCAGGCUGCACGGGCUCCAGGCUCCUCCUUCUGCCGGUCCAGCCUUUAUCGCCCUCACCCUGCACCCCUCCUUGACUUGGCUCUGCAAAUCCAAGGUUUUCCCGAGCAGCCUAGGAGUGGCGGCGGGCGCAGCGAAGGCGGCCGGAGGUGCGCAGCCGGCCGGCCCGCCGCGCCGAGCCCAACUCUGGGGGCAGCAGCGGCAUCGUCGCUAGAGCAGCCCCGGAGGCUCCGCGGAGCCCGCGCGCUCUAGCCGGCUCGGAGAGGAGUGAAGCCCGGAGCGGCCCCCUGGCCAUCCCCACCUGUCCCCAAGGUCCUCCAGCGGCGCCGCCCGCUCCUCGGCGCCCCUCACCAUGGACUUAGGCGGAGUUCGGACGCACCGCGGCACUAGCGCGCGGGUGGUUGCCGGGCCCUGGGGGUGCGCGGGCGCGAGCGCAGGGAUGGCGAGGUAGGAUGGCUGCCCAGCGCUACCCCUGCCGCCCCAGCCCAGCGGCUCCCGGGCGGUGCAGCUGACUUGCCCGAGCUCACAGGGGUGUGGGCGGAAGCGGCCCCGUCGCCCGCGCCUUCGGGAGUCGCUUUACCUCUUCCACCCACUCGCACCUGCCACUGCACGGAUACCAUGUCGAAGGCCGCGGGAGGCGCGGCAGCGACGGCGGCGGCGGCGGAAAGUUGUCCCCCAGCCUCUGGCGGCCCGACCGCCACCGCCGCGGUGGAGGACCUGUCCAAAGUGUCGGACGAGGAGCUGCUGCAGUGGAGCAAGGAGGAGCUGAUCCGCAGCCUGCGGCGCGCGGAAGCCGAGAAGGUGAGCGCGAUGCUGGACCACAGCAACCUCAUCCGCGAGGUGAACCGCCGCCUGCAGCUGCACCUCGGCGAGAUCCGCGGGCUCAAGGAUAUCAACCAGAAACUCCAGGAGGAUAACCAGGAACUGAGGGACCUCUGCUGUUUCCUGGAUGAUGACCGGCAGAAAGGCAAGCGGGUGUCCCGGGAGUGGCAGAGACUGGGCCGCUACACGGCCGGGGUGAUGCACAAGGAAGUGGCCUUAUACCUGCAGAAGCUGAAGGAGCUGGAGGUGAAGCAGGAGGAGGUAGUGAAGGAGAACAUGGAGCUCAAGGAGCUCUGCGUGCUGCUGGACGAGGAGAAGGGUGCAGGCUGCGCGGGCAGCCGUUGCUCCAUCGACAGCCAGGCCAGCCUGUGCCAGCUCCCUGCCCCGCCGGCACCCUGUGUGAGGGAUGUGGGGGACGGAAGCAGCACAUCCAGCACGGGCAGCACCGACAGCCCUGACCACCACAAGCACCAUGCCGGCAGCGGCAGCCCUGAGCACCUGCAGAAGCCCCGUGCCGAGGGCAGCCCGGAGCACUCCAAGCACAGGAGCACCAGCCCCGAGCACCUACAGAAACCCAGGGCCGCUGGGACCCCAGAUCACCCAAAAGCACUCAGAGGACCCAGCCCUGAGCACCACAAACCCUUGUGCAAGGGCAGUCCUGAGCAGCAGAGGCACCCGCACCCGGGGAGCAGCCCUGAAACACUGCCCAAGCAUGUGCUGGGCGGGAGCCCAGAACACUUCCAGAAGCACAGGUCUGGGGGCAGCCCUGAACAUGCCAGGCACAGCGGCGGGAGCCCCGAGCACCUUCAGAAACAUGCCCUUGGGGGGAGCCUGGAGCAUCUACCCAGAGCCAGGGGCACCAGCCCAGAGCAUCUCAAACAGCAUUAUGGGGGGAGCCCCGAACACAAACACGUGGGCGGAGGAGGCGGAGGCAGUGGAGGAGGCAGCAGGGAGGGCACCCUCCGAAGGCAGGUGCAAGAGGACAUGUCACCCCAUCACCGGAGUGUCUACAGUGGCAUGAACGAAUCAACCUUGUCCUAUGUUAGGCAGCUGGAGGCAAGAGUAAGACAGCUGGAGGAAGAAAAUCGCAUGCUGCCCCAGGCCACCCAGAAUAGAAGGCAACCUCCAACUAGAAACAGCUCAAAUAUGGAGAAAGGCUGGGGGCCCAGAGCCCGGCGGGUCUUGCAGUGGUGGCAAGGGUGCCGUGGAAUAGGACGAUGCCUGCCCGCGCUCCCGGGUUCUUUUAGGUUGUCAUCAGGGGCUGAUGGGAGUAACAGUUCACCCAACUCUCCAGCUAGCUUCAGUGGACAUACCACACCUUCUCAGCAGCCUGAACCCGUGGUACAUUCUCUUAAGGUCUUGGAUGUUCAGGAAACUAUAGAUCGUCAACAGGGUAAAGAGUAUGAAAAUGACCUUAGUGAGACAGAAAAAGCUAUAGUCAGAGAAAUGUGCAAUGUUGUGUGGAGGAAACUUGGAGAUGCUGCAGGUUCGUGUCCUGGAAUUAGGCAACAUUUGUCUGGAAACCAGUACAAAGGACCAAUGUGAGACACACUUUUUCGAAAAACAUGAGAUCACCACUGCCAGAGAGAAAUAAAAGAAGAAAAGAAUGAAUUUCCACAAACCUGAACUCAUGGAAUAACAUGGUGUGACUGUACAUUGCACAUAUUUCACCCCUAAAACCUUUAGCAUAGCUAACGCUAUAUUUUAUCUUUCUCACUUUGAAGUCCACAGCAGUCAAUCUCAAACAAGGUAGCUUUGAAAAUAUCACAAUUUUGGUACCAGUAUUUUCAUUAGAACUAACACAUUUUUGGUUCCUCAGAUCUAAGAUUGUAAUUGGGAAACCUGCAUGACUGGAAGAGUCCAAUAGAGUGUCCAUAGUUUAUAGAGUUGACUCAGUGCAUAUAAUGGUGAGUUUUCUACCAUGUUGUAUUGAUAGUAAGAAGAGGUGUCUUCUAGCUUCCCAAGUUUGAAAAUUGGGCACCUAUUUCUUACAUUUUAGUCAACAAUUACUACUUUCUGCACUUGUACCACUUUCAGAAAUUGUAAUUUCUGAUGUGUAAUUAAUUUGGAUACAAGUAAAAUUAGAUUUCUGGGAUUUUAUUUUGUUUUGACUUUUAAGGUGCUAAAAAAAAAUACUACAUAAAUUCUACUUACUAUCUCUAAGGGUAGCAUUAUCAGAGGGUACCUUUUAUUUCAGUUGAUCAAAUAAAUAUAUCUUUUCUUCAAAUCUUGAAGUAUUGUUCAUGAAGACCACAUCUUGGGGAACGUUACCAACUUCCAUAUUCAUUCAGUGUAUCUGUUGAUGUGUUAAUACUAACAAUUUCAAUUAAAGAACAAGCAAACAUAAUUUUUCUAAGUGUUUCCAGUUGUAUAAUGUUAAUUUCUACAGUUUAGUUUCUAGACAUGCUGUUAUAUUUAAUAAACUUUAUGUAAACUUUAAAAUAUUGCACUGCAUUUAUGAAGAAAAGCUUUCUUUGCCUACAGCAGCUAUCUAACAUUUUAAGAAACUGACGCAUGUCCUUCAUUAUUGAGGCUAAAAGCUCUUUUCAGAUUGCUUGAGGUUUGAAAAAGAGGUGUGCUAGCUUUGCUUAGUUUAUCUCUUAUUUUUGGUAUAUAUAUAUAUAUAUAUAAAUUAUUAUAUAUAUAUAAUAUUAGAUUGUGUAUAUUGGAAAUGCUAUGAUAGGUAUUUUGUGUUUAUUCAUAUGCAAUGAUAAUUUCUUGUAUGAAUGUGCAAGAGGCCUGUGACAGAAUGCUAAGUUUUUAUUGCAGUUUAAGAUUAUAAAAGUAGGAAUGCAACAAUUCCCAGUUGGCAGAUUUCUUCUAAAAUACUCAGAUUUGAUUCAUAGCAGAUAGUCAUCAUCAUUGUUGUUUUUAAAUAGGCUCAUUGCACAGUGUAUUAAUUGUCAUUGCUGAAAGAAUUUCUUUGUACUUUCUAAAAUGUUAGUUAUGAAAAACCAGACCCCUCUGUUUUCAGAAAAUAUUUAUGAAUUAAUUUAGUAUAGAAUUAUCUCCCUAAUUAUUGUAAUUGGGUUACCAUUUAAGCUUAUCAUUCUUUUAAAAUGUUACAUAUUUUAAAAGUAUUAUUACUCUGUAAAACAAAAUUGCUUGCUAUAUUUAUACCUUUUCUCAUAGAAAAUCUUUCAUCCUCAAAUUGUUGUAUUCCUACAGUCUGAAGAUUUAAAACAAAUUUUUGUGCCUGCAGUAGAGCCUGCAGAAGCUAACACAAGGAACUGGUCUUUUGAGAAAAUACUUGUGUAAAUUUUGAUACUGUAUUAAAACUAUUUUUUUAAAGUUCUGCAUAAAAUUGAGUAUCAAGUAAAUGUGUUCAUCUUAGCAACAGUAAUAAAUUAUUUAAUCUCA